CCCUGGACGUACCAAGGUCUUCUCUGCUUUUUUAUUUACGCUCUUUAGCAGUGUUGUUGGUUUGGUUCAGUAAGAACUCAAACAUGGCUCAGCAGGAAUACAAAAAGCUUAGUGACAAACUGUUCACCUACAAAGGAUCUGUGUUAGCUCUUGAUUGCAAUUAUGAUCUCACUCCAGAAUAUAUUGACAGUAUAGCAAAUUUUGAAACAAAGGAUGAUGAUGUCUUUGUUGUUACCUUCCCGAAAUCUGGUACGGUAUGGACCCAACGGAUCAUGACAUUAAUAUACGCAGAAGAUUUCCCUGACAAAGCCAAACAAAUCACAAUGGACCAGAUGCCCUGGAUAGAGUAUCGGAUGACGGGGACAGAUUACAACACACGUCCAUCUCCAAGACUUUUCUCCUCCCAUUUACUCCAGCCACUGAUGCCUAAAAUGCUGCAAGAAAAAGGAAAAGUCAUCUAUGUCAUGAGAAACCCUAAAGAUGUCAUGGUGUCAUAUUUCCACUUUUCCAACAACAUGAAAAACCUGGAUUCUACUGAGAGCUUCGAUGAGAUGCUGGAAAAAUUCUUCACAGGAUGGAUGGUUGGUGGUUGUUGGUUUGACAAUGUUAAAGGAUGGAUCACAAAUAAAGACAAAUACAACAUCCUGAUCCUUACCUAUGAAGAAAUGAUCAAGGACCUCAGAUCCGCUGUUGUGAAAAUCUGCGAGUUUGUGGGAAAGAAUCUGUCAGGCGCAGCAAUCGAUAAAGUGGUGGAGACAGCCACAUUUAAGCACAUGAAGAAAGACCCCAUAGCCAACUAUGAAUUCCUUCCUUCGAAUAUCACGGACCAUCCCAAAGAAGCUUUUAUGCGUAAAGGAACAGUUGGUGACUGGAAAAACUCUUUAACUGUGGCUCAGAGUGAAUGUUUUGACCGCGUCUACCAAGAAAGAAUGAAGGACGUACCUCUAAACAUGGUCUGGGACAUCUCAGAAUUGCAUGGCUGAAAACUCAAACUGUGACUUCUGUUUUACAAACUAAUAAAGAUAAAGCACUUUCACAAUAGUAAAAAGUAAGGUGUAAUAUGUGAGUGAAUGUUUUGGCUACAUUAUCAUAUCAUAUCGAAACAGAUAGCAAUCAAUAGCAAUGGCCUUCUGAACUUUUACUAUAUUAAAAAAAAAAAAAAAAAAAACAUUUUUUUAGGUUCACUUAAGUGGUCUUGUGAUGUGAAACGAAAGUUUAUUAUUUUUAUUGUUUGUUUUUGUUUUUUUCUUUAAUUUGUACCCUUGUCUGCUCGCUUUCUGUGAGUGAUUCAUUCAUUCAUUCAUUCAUCUUAUUUGUUAAUUUAAAAUUAAAUCUAAAAAUAACAAUGAACUAUAACUUUUCACUUCUUACAAUCGAACUGCAGUCAGAUUAAUAAAAAUGGGUUGCACAUCCUGUUUCAUUAA